ACGGACAACCACAGCAGCUCGACCAGAAACAGGCGACGGAGUGAAAGUCUUGUUCCUGUUUUCACUGACUGCGGUCGAAAAAAUAUAAGUUUCACAGAUUUUAACAGAUUAAAGUAGAUACCUGCAUAUUAAUCGCAAACAUGGCGCUCACGGUUGCUGACGUGCAGAAGCAGAUAAAGCACAUGAUGGCCUUCAUUGAGCAAGAGGCCAACGAGAAAGUUGAGGAAAUUGACGCCAAGGCGGAGGAGGAGUUCAACAUUGAGAAAGGUCGCCUGGUGCAGACUCAGAGGGUGAAAAUCAUGGAGCAUUACGAGAAGAAGGAAAAGCAGAUUGAUCAGCAUAAGAAAAUCCAGAUGUCCAACCUGAUGAACCAGGCGAGGCUGAAGGUGCUGAAGGCCCGCGACGACAUGAUCACGGAUCUGUUACAUGAGGCCCGUCAAAGACUUGCAGAGGUCGCUAAGGACCCUGCUAGGUACUCGGUCCUGCUGGAGGGCCUGGUGCUUCAGGGCUUCUACCAACUCCUGGAACCUAAAGUUACAAUUCGCUGCCGAGAGCAGGACGUAGAACUGGUUCAGGCUGCAGUGAACAAGAGCAUCCCCAUCUACCAAGAGGCAGUGAAGAGAAGCAUAACCGUCAGAAUCGACCAGGAGCGUUUCCUCUCAUCCAACAUCUGCGGAGGGAUUGAAAUGUAUAAUGAUAACGGGAAGAUCAAGGUUUUAAACACACUGGAGAGCAGACUGGAACUUAUGGCACAACAGAUGAUGCCUGAAAUUAGAGUGAAGUUGUUCGGCGCCAACCCAAACCGCAAGUUCAUGGAUUAACUGGAUUUGAAGAGAGCAGUGUGGACACGCGCGGGAUAAUAUUUAAGGUGACAUUCACCGUAGAGAGUCUCUUGAAGAACACCCUGAAUGGGAUGUAACGGGUGUGUUUGCGUAUUUUAACACACUAACGGACUGUGUCAUAAUAACACUUUUGCGUGUUUUACCUCUCCUGUGGAAAAGGACUCUGUUACAAUCAGGAAACCUCUUGCAUUUAGCUCAACAAAUAUACCAAAGACACAUAAUCAGUCUACAGCUUAUUGUAAACUACAUCCUACUACGGUGAUUUUAAUGAUAUUAUCAUCAUGACUUUUUUUUUAUUAUUAUUUUGUGUGUGUGGACAGAAAUGUGAAGCAUUGUUCUAAAGCAAUAAACAUACAAAGAAAAAAACAAACUAGAGGAAUCAG